GGCUAGUUUUCUGAAUCCCCCGUCUUGUCUCUGCUUCUUCGACCUUCUUCUUCUUCUUCCCUCUCUCUCUCUCUCUCUCUCUCUGUGAAGUUCCAAAUACUCUUCGAUCCGAUUUGAACCCCCUAACAGAUUUGACGAAACUCCGGCCACUUGCCUCUCCUGGAUUCUCCGGCCAUUUCGUAGAUCCGGGAAGAGAUUCUGAAGAAAUUCGAUUCAAAUGGAGGCGAAAGCUGGCGGAUCUAUGACAGAACAACCGUCGACACCCGCGAUUCCGGCAGCGCCGCCGGCUCCUCCCCCUUCAACACGGAGGCCGAGGGUGAGGGAGGUCAGUUCGCGGUUUAUGUCUCCGGUCUCUUCAUCUUCCUCUUCCUCCGCCGGAGAUCUCCACCUGUUGACUUCAAAUUCUCCCAAGCACCACCAUAACCAGCGGUCGAUUUCGGCUCAGAGGCCGAGACGGCAGUUGAAGAUGGGCGACGGCGACGAGAACCGCCCCUCCGAGACAGCGCGUAGCCUCGACUCGCCGUUUCCGGUGCUUCACUCCCAUCAACACGGAGUGAAGCCGCUCAAGGAGAAUAGUCAGCGUCUCGACACCCCAACCCCAACGGUGGUUCCACCUUCCAGAUCGCGGCUGAGCCAACAGCGGCUGGCCACGGCCUCUGCCGCGACCAGGCUUCUGCAAUCAAGCGGUAUUUCCUUAUCCACCUCUAAAGAGAAAGACGGCGACAGAGAAAAUUCCAAAGCCUCUUCAGAUCCCUCUGAUCUUUUGCCGACAAAAUCCUGUCGAAAUCACACAAAGUUCUUAAGCAAUUCCAGUGCAUCGCCUCUGUAUAGAUCUCUAACUUCUCCAUUAUCAAGCUGUGAUGAUUCAUCUCUCUUCCGAGACAUUAAGGGGGGCGAAAGGACUUCGUUGUCUCUGAAGAACAGCGUGGGCUUGUCAUUGCCUCCGGUGCCUCCCAAUUCAAAGCUGCAGGCGGAGAGCAAGAAGCCGAGGAAGGUUUCAGGACAGGUGGAGGAAGUUCAUUCUCUGAAAUUACUACACAACCGUUACAUGCAGUGGAUGUUUGUCAAUGCAAAGGCAGACAUCAAAAUGCAAGCUCAGAAAACACAGGCCGAGUCAAUGCUAUAUUCCUUUGGUCUUAGGAAUGCAGAAUUAUAUGAUUCUGUACAGAAGAAACGCAUAGAGCUUCAAAGAUUGCUGAAAGUCAAAGCACUUCUAGCAAUUGUGGAAUCUCAAACACCGUGUUUGGAGGAAUGGUCUGCCCUUGCAGAAGAGUAUUCAUCAUCUCUCUCAGAAGUGACUGAAGCUUUGUUGAACGCUUCGUUACGGCUCCCUCUCAGCGGGAAUGUCAAUAUCGGUACAGAAGAGCUAGUAGAAGCACUUGCAGUGGCUACGACGCUGAUGGAAGGCAUUACACAAAAUGUCUGUGGUCUCAUGCCAAAGGCAGAAGAGAUGAAGACUUUGAUGUCGGAAUUAGCAAGAGUGACAACCGCAGAAAGAGCGUCCAUGGAAGAAUGCGGAGCUGCACUUCAUAAGACACAUGCAUCACAGAUGGAAGAAUGCAGUUUAAGGAGUGAGCUUAUACAGCAGAAUAUGAAUAGUAUAGCAGUCUGCUGCAACAAAACAUAACUCAAAGCGUGGAAGGUAAUGACCAAAACUGAUUCUUGAUGAAAUCUUUUGGAGCCAUUGAAGCAUAUUCUUAAGCACAUUGAAACUGUGUAUAUAUAUAUAUAUAUAUAUAUAUAAGUGGGAGUGGCUGUUAUCAUGAUUCUCACUUUGUCAUAGCAUUGUACUUCACGUCUAUCUCCUAAACAACAGUAGAAUAAGAAUAGUGAUUUGAAGGAUUGAUUUUUA